AAUAAGCCACGGUGAGCGCAGCCUGCAUGCGUGCGGGCGUGAGCUGGCCGCGUCGUGUCCGUGGCAGGUGUCCCUGUGUGUGUCUAGGCAUAGUCUGGUUAAUGUACGACUUGUCGGAUGGUGUGGCCAUAGUCCGUGUAUAGUCCGGCUAAUUUACAGGCUAUGUGUGUGCGUGAGUGUGUGUGUCUGUUAGCUAGAUAGCCGAGGAUGUGACCGCGUUGCUCGCACUGGAAACGGCCGUGUUGUUCGCGUUGGAGCGCGACGGGUGCGCUGGCUGGGAGUGCGAGACGUGGAGAGCGAGUCUCGUGGUGGAGUUCGUGGCUCCAUGCACGAGGGCGGACAACUCGGUAAGAGAACGCGUACGAUGCGCGUAGAGCUCGCUGGAGUUGGUUUCAUAGGCGUUGCGUCUCUAUAAGGCUAUAAGUGAUGAUGUACUGCUCUUGUGUGUGGUGUGGGUUGAGUUCGAGCUUAAAGAAAAACGUUGUUGUUGCGGCGGGCGUUCGUGCGCCAAGGAAAACCACCGUGUCCUGUUCCUUCUUCUUCCCUCCUUCUUCCUCCUCGGUACGAGCCAGAGAGAGAGAAGUGUGCAGAGAGACAAAGAGAGGUAGAGCUAGGGCAAGGGCUAGACCCCCACAAUUGGUAUUCAGAGCUUCGGUUCAGGAGAUCACCGGGGACCAUGGCGCUCGUCCCACACGGCAGCGGUGCGAGCGGAUCGGUGUCGAUGGCGAUGCCGAUGCUCACGCCGGACAACUACAAGGUGUGGGUGAUCAAGGCACAUGCGAUUCUCGAUGUCCACACCGUGUGGGAGGCGGUGACGCCGGGCGACGCAGCGGUGAACGCCAAGAAGGACAAGGCGCGGCGCGCGAUGCUCCUUGGAGCGCUGCCCGAGGACGUGAUGCUGCAGGUGGCGACGAAGCUCACCGCCAAGGAGGUAUGGGACUCCUUGAAGGUGAGGUUCGUCGGCGCCAAUCGUGUCCGCGCGGCGAGGUUGGGACGCUGCGCGGGAACUUUGACCGUCUGAAGAUGGCGGACGGCGAGGCGCUGGACGCGUACGCCGGGAGGCUGGCAGGGAUAACGGCGCGGUCCGCGAGCCUAGGGGAGACGCUCGGCGACGCGGUGCUCGUGAAGAAGCUGCAGGACACCGUCCCGGAUCGGUUCUUCCCCGUCGUCGCCGGCAUCGAGCAGUUAUGUGACACGGCGACCAUGGCAUUCGACGAGGCGCUCGGGCGGCUGCGUGCGUUCGACGAGCGGGUUCGGCGUCGUGGACAAGACGACGGCGAGCGCGGGGCUGAGCAGCUGCUCAUGACGGCGGCGCAGUGGGCAGCGCAGGAGCGUCGACAUGGCGGUGCUCGGGACGACGACGACGGCAAGAGCGUGGCGUCGAGCAACGGCGGGAACCGCUCUGGACGCUGCUACAAGUGCGGCGUGCGCGGCCACUUCAAGAGGGACUGCCCCAAGCUGCGGAGGGAGCCGGCGGCGGAACGCGCGCUGCUGGCGGACGCCGUCGAAGUCAAGGACGACGAUCUCCUCUGAGCCAUGGCUUAGGGGGUGAGUGUUGGCAAUAAGCCACGGUGAGCGCAGCCUGCAUGCGUGCGGGCGUGAGCUGGCCGCGUCGUGUCCGUGGCAGGUGUCCCUGUGUGUGUCUAGGCAUAGUCUGGUUAAUGUACGACUUGUCGGAUGGUGUGGCCAUAGUCCGUGUAUAGUCCGGCUAAUUUACAGGCUAUGUGUGUGCGUGAGUGUGUGUGUCUGUUAGCUAGAUAGCCGAGGAUGUGACCGCGUUGCUCGCACUGGAAACGGCCGUGUUGUUCGCGUUGGAGCGCGACGGGUGCGCUGGCUGGGAGUGCGAGACGUGGAGAGCGAGUCUCGUGGUGGAGUUCGUGGCUCCAUGCACGAGGGCGGACAACUCGGUAAGAGAACGCGUACGAUGCGCGUAGAGCUCGCUGGAGUUGGUUUCACAGGCGUUGCGUCUCUAUAAGGCUAUAAGUGAUGAUGUACUGCUCUUGUGUGUGGUGUGGGUUGAGUUCGAGCUUAAAGAAAAACGUUGUUGUUGCGGCGGGCGUUCGUGCGCCAAGGAAAA